CCCGCGCAGCGCGGCCGCGCAUGGGCGGACGGGGCUCCGCGCUCUUGGCGCGGCGGAUGAAUCCGGUGCUCGGCAGGCCGCGCCCGGAGCGCGGGGCUCUCACGGGCCGCUCCCCCACGCUCCGCCCAUGGCCUCCCCGCUGGAGGACCCCGUCCUGAUCCGGCCUUUCCGCGGCCACACGGCGGCGGUGACGGGCGUCGCCUUCAACGCGAACGCGGCAGGGAUGGUUACCUGCUCUGUGGAUACUCUUCUUAUAUUGUGGAAGCUGAAUACGCAGUGCAGAGCCUACAGAUUUUCAGGCCAUGCGGAAGCGGUGACAAGUGUAGAUUUCUCACCAGAUGGGCAGGUGCUGGCUUCAGCUUCUCAUGAUCACACUGUCAGGCUAUGGAUUCCUUGCAUUCACGGAGAAUCAUCAGUAUUGAAAGGUCAUACAGCAUCUGUUCGGAGUGUGAGCUUCUCCCAUGAUGGCUGCUAUGUUGUUUCAGCAUCCAAUGAUAAAUUAGUAAAAGUAUGGAGUGUUUGCUAUCAGCGCCUUUUGUUUACCCUGUUCCAACACACUGGUUGGGUUCGCUGUGCCAAAUUUUCACCUGAUGGAAGAAUAAUAGCAUCUUGUGGUGAGGACAAAUCUAUUAACAUCUGGGAUACAAGAAAUAAAAUUUGUGUUAAUAGAUUCUCAGAUUAUGAAGAAUUUCCAACUUUUGUGGAUUUCAACCCAAGUGGAACAUGUAUAGCUUCUGCAGGUUCCAAUAGCACAGUGAAACUCUGGGAUGUUCGAACGAACAAGCUACUGCAGCAUUUCAAAGUUCACAGAGCAGAGGUUAAUUGUGUAUCAUUCCAUCCUUCUGGUAACUACCUCAUCACUGCUUCUUCUGAUGGUACUCUUAAGAUUCUGGACCUCUUAGGAGAAAGACUUAUUUAUACUCUUCAUGGACACAAGGGACCUGUACUUUGUGUGGCUUUUUCAAAAGGCGGUGAAAAUUUUGCCUCAGGUGGAGUAGAUGCUCAGGUAUUACUAUGGAAAACCAACUUUGAUACUUUGGAUUAUGAAGUUCUCAAACACAAUUUUAGAAGAACAUGUAUUGAUGAUCCUCCUCACUUUCUUGAUGUUUGCCCAAGGUCAUAUCAUUUCCAUGAUGAAAAAUGUAAGUCAGUUGAGGUCAGCCCUAUCUCUGAUGUGCCUGAUAUACAAACACCUGACCCAGUUAUCAUCGAUAUUAGAACGUCUUCAUAUAUCAGUACUCCUACAAAGGCACCUGAAUCUUCAAAUGAUGUUUCUGUAUUCGAGGAUGUUGGCAGAAGUGAAGAACUGCAGAGGCCCUCUGCUUCUUUCUCAGCAAUGAGUUCAAGAAGGAAGGCAGAGAAUGAGAGUGGGUCAGCUGUGCAUAGUGUGGGACAGCACAGAAGCAUCUCCUCCUCUGUGAACUGUGCUUUGGACCACAUUGUGGGGCAGCUGGAGAUGUUAACUCUAACUAUUUCAGGCCUGGAACAGCGUCUUACAUGUACAGAAGAUAAAUUGAAAAAAUGCAUAAAAGAUCAGCAAAAAAUGUUACAGAAGGGAAAACAGAACUAAUAAAAUAUGAAAAUGAACUAUAUUGAUGAGUAUGCUUCUUAAAAUCACAAGCAAUGUGUCUUCACUGGAUUUUGCUAUAAAAAGAAACAUCAAAUCAAAGUACUAAAAAUGGAAGAAAUUAAAAAAAAAAUUCAAACAUUGAUAGCAAGCAGAUAUUCUGGUUAUCUAUUCAAUGAAGUGUAGCCCAAUCAAAACUAGUACUUUCUAAAUAAUUUCCAUUGAACAUUCCAGAACUCUUAUUUCAACCUAACAAGAUCUUCGACUAUAACUAAGCCACUAACUUGUAUUUUUAGAUAAAUAGCAGUUAUUAUGCAGGUUACCAAUGUGCAGAUUUUUAAACUCACUCAAUGAUUGUGAAAAUAAUGUUCUUUGUGCUAAAACAACAUUACUUAAACACCUAAAUUAAGUAAGAUAUAAUACAAAAAUGCCAGAGGUGUUCUUUGUCCCUUACAUAUUAUCAAGUGUUUUACCAAAAAGUAGUGUGUUAUUCUAUAUCUUCUAAACAUUUUAGUAAUGAUUGCAAGAAGAUGUAGUGUGAAUACUUUUAGUUACAAAUGCAGAAAUUAAGUCACACUUUGAAGCUAUAAUAGCAUCUAUGUGAAUUCAGCAGCAAAACAUGAGUUUUGAUGCACUUGAACACUUCUGCUUAUUGUAUCCCCAUCAAAAUUCACUUUUCAGAUUUACAAAACAAAAAUCACCUUCUGAAGAAUAUAUUUGAACUAAACACAAAACAAUGCCAAAUCUAGGUCAUAAAUAUGAAAGAUUCUUAUCCUAUAAGGAUGUCCACUUGUGCUCAAGCUUUGCAUGCUCUGAACAUACUCCAUCAAGUAAUGCAUUGUGAAUGCAGACAUAAGUCAGGAAAAACUUUGCAGUGUAUGAUGAUUUGAGUUUUAUUUCUAAUAAAAAUGGAAUUCUUAGAUGAUUUUGGGUCUUAUUUUUUAAUGGAAAAUAUUUAUUUUCUUUGUCUGUUAUUUUUUAAAUGGCAAUUGCAGAACACCUGUUGUAAAUCCACAGUCAAAACUAGAUAAUCAUCCUUUUCUGUAACUUUGCGCGUAUGUCGAAAUAUAGGAUACUUGAAAGGGGAAAGCACUUUAAUCCAAUUCUGCAACUACUGUAUAUAGAUAAAGCCCAUUUCCCAGGCUGAACCUCAUUAAUGUCAACAGAGUUCAACUUUAGUACACAAGCUCACUGUAUAAAUAUGACUGCAGUUAAAGCCACAGAAAUGUGCAAUUUUUCUUGUAUAACUUAUUUUCUCUCAGCAACCACCUUCAGGUAGCCAGACAUCACCUCACUUCCUUUGUUAGCUCUGAUUUUUGCCAAUAAAUACUCUGUAUUUGCAGCUGUCUUGAGCACUACUGGUUAUGGCAAAGAAGCAGUCUCUCAUAAUUUUUGGAUGCAACUGUUUCUAGGCACCCCAACCAUGGAUUUUUUUGUCAAAGAAUGGUCGUAUAUAUUCCAGCCUGACCUUUGAUUAUGCAAUUGUUUAUACUACUAUAUAAUACAAAGUUAUGUAAAUGCUGUCUUUUGGAUCAAAUGUACUUCACUUUAUGAAUUUGCAAAUACUCUUGUGGUUUUUGUCUUUUCUUGUCUCCAUUAAAAGACACAAAACCAUGUAGCUAUUAAAAUUUUUGCUUAUUUCUUGUUUUCCCUUGGUGGACUAUAUUUAUAUAUAUAUGUGUGUGUGUGUGUGUCUUAAAUCUUCAGAUUGUCUUUUAAGUUUUUUCAGGAUUAUUUAUCAAUAAGAUUUGGAUAUUUUACUUCCAUAUUUUUAAAUAAAAUCUCUGCUGAAAUAUUC